UGCCAAGCAUAUCCCUUCUUCCAAUCCACCUCCUUUCUCAAAAUUUACACGUGUAUUCAUACACUUCAGAUAGCUUAAACACUUGGUCUCCAUGCAUGAUUUAUGGUUCACCUCCGCCCUUUCUAUAUUGGCACCACCACUACCACCACCGCCGCCGCCACUACUACUUCAGGCGAAAAUAUUAGCACAAUUAUGUACCUUUAUACCCCUCAAAUCCUCUUUUUCUCUUUUCUCUUCCUUCUCACAUUCAUCUUCUGCAUUUCUUUAAAGUAUUCCACCACAAAGUCACCGUCGCACUCUCUCACCCCACCCUCACCGUCAAAACUUCCCAUUAUAGGUCACCUUCAUCAUCUUCUUACAGACAUGCCACACCACACUUUCGCUCACCUCGCUCACCAACUCGGCCCCAUUAUUUAUCUCCAGCUCGGCCGGGUCCCCACCGUUGUCAUCUCCUCCUCUCAACUCGCUCGUCUCGUUCUCAAGACUCACGACCACAUCUUCUCCAGCCGCCCGCAACUUCUCGCCGCUCAGUACCUUUCAUUCGGCUGCUCCGACGUCACCUUCUCCCCUUAUGGCCCUUACUGGCGUCAGGCUCGUAAAACAUGCGUCACUGAGUUACUCAGCUCUAAACGGGUCAGCUCUUUCCAAAUGAUCCGUGAUGAGGAGGUGAAUCGGCUGUUAAGCACCGUUUCAGCUCAGGGUGGGUCAAGAACAGAUAUGAGCAAACUAUUUUUCGGCUUAGCAAAUGAUAUAUUAUGCCGCGUGGCUUUUGGAAAGAGAUUUAUGGAGGGUUCAGAGGAGGGGCAGAAGAGUCAUCUGGUGAGUGUUUUAACGGAGACGCAAGAGUUGUUCGCCGGGUUCUGUGUGGGGGAUUUUUUUCCUGAGUGGAGGUGGGUGAACUUAGUGAGUGGAUAUAAACGAAGGUUGAUGAAGAACUUGGAAGAUUUGAGAAGUGUCUGCGAUGAGAUAAUAGAAGAACAUUUGAAGAAGAAAAAAAAGGAGAAGAAUUCAGAAGAUUUUGUGGAUGUUUUGCUUAGAGUGCAACAACAAGAUGACUUGGAGGUGGCCAUCACCGACGAUAAUCUCAAGGCUCUUGUUCUGGACAUGUUUGUUGCUGGAACUGAUACAACUUCUGCAACGCUAGAAUGGGUAAUGACGGAGCUCGGUAGACACCCAAGAGUCUUGAAGAAAGCAAAAGAAGAAGUUCGAAGAGUUGCAUCUGGUAGUGGCAAAGUUCAGGAGAGCCAUUUGCAGCAGCUCUUUUACCUGAAGGCUGUGAUUAAGGAGACAUUGCGAUUGCACCCACCAGUCCCUCUGCUGGUUCCGCGAGAAUCCAUAGACAAAUGCAUACUUGAUGGAUAUGAAAUUCCAGCCAAGACUCGGAUUUUAAUAAACAGCUAUGCCAUUGGGAGAGAUCCAAAAUCAUGGGACAACCCCCUAGAGUACAUUCCUGAGAGAUUUGAGGAGAAUAACAUCCACUUCAAGGAUCGAGAUUUCAACUUCCUACCGUUUGGAGGAGGGAGGCGAGCUUGCCCGGGUUACAUGUUUGGAUUGGCGACAGUAGAGAUGGCACUUGCUAGACUUCUAUAUCAUUUCGAUUGGGCAUUGCCUCAAGGAGUUGAGGCCGAGGAUGUCGACCUUCAGGAGAUUUUUGGGCUUGCCACAAGGAAAAAAACCGCUCUGGAACUUGUCCCAACAGCUAACAAGGAUUAUGAACUCAAGGGAAACCAUGCUUAAGCAGGGUUUAUCUUUAGAUUGCAUAGAAAAAGAAAGAAAGAAAUUUGAUAAAA